AUGAACUCAACCACACGUUUAGACAGCCUGAGUGACGCUUUCUCAAAGAACUUCAUCACCUUUGCUCUCAGCUCUAUCAUCAACUGCAUCAACGGAGCUUUCGUGUACACCUACUUUAAGAGCGAGGUCUUCCAGCGAGACCCCAGGUAUGUGCUGUACAUCCAUCUGGUGAUCAACGACAUGAUUAUGCUGACAUUUUCUGUGGCGCUGCAAAUCAUAACCUACACCAUUCACCUGACCUUCGCUCCCUGCUGCAUCAUCCUGCUCGUCUUACUCACGACCAGCAAGAACAGCCCACUGAACCUGGCUGGCAUGGCGGUCGAGCGUUACAUCGCCAUUUGCCUACCUCUUCAUCACGUCCGGAUGUGCACCGUGCGGCGAGCCUACGCUCUGAUUGCACUGAUCUGGGGCGUCUCCUUCAUCCCCGCCGCCUCGGACAUCAUCAUCGUCCUCGCCACCCAGCCCCUCUCUGUCUACUCAAGGACUUUCAUCUGUUACAACUCCAAUUUGUACAACACACAGCACCACCAGGCUCAAAGGGUGGUUGUCCAGGUCGUUCUGUUUUCCUUUGUCUUCCUGACUCUGAUCAUCAGCUACCUGAAUGUCUUCUGCGUCGCCCGAUCAGCUUCUGGUUCUAACCAGGCCUCGGCCAGAAACGCCCGCAACACUAUCCUGCUGCACGGAGUCCAGCUCCUCAUCUGCAUGUUGUCAUUCACCUCUCCCUUCAUCAACAUCGUUUUAGUCGCCACUUGGCCCCGGGACCGCACCAAAAUCCUCUUCGCCACCUUUCUGUUUACCAAUGUGCUUCCGCGUCUGCUCAGUCCGCUCAUCUACGGCGUCAGAGACAAGAAGUUCAGGAGACACAUCGGGCACCACUUCUGCUGCAAAUGCUGCAACUCUGUAGAAAAGAAGGUGAACCCGCCAGGAUCCCGGAGGAGGCCUGGACAGGUGCUACAGUAA